AUGGAUGAGGAUCACACAAAAUAUAAUGCUAGAACUAAGAAUGCUUUGUUUGAUGCUAUUAGUGCAAAAAUCUUUGCUCUUGUGCAUAGUAAGAAAACCGCUCAUGAAGUUUGGGAAGAGCUUGAGACCAUUCAUGUUGGGUCGAAGAAGCUCUGUGAAGAAAAAUACCAAGUGCUAAAAGAGAAACUAAAUAAGUUUAAAAUGCUUCCUAGCGAAUUAGUUGAACAAAUAUAUGCUAGAUUGAAUGUACUUGUUGAGAAUAUUAACGCUCUUGAAAUUUCUCCUUUGUCUAAUAGUGACAUCAUCCUGAAGAUUCUCCACUCAUUGCACAAGCCCAAGUACAACAUUGUCAUAUCUUUGCUCUAUGAGAAGAAUCUUUCCACAUUGCAAGUGAGUGAUGUCGUUGGAAAAAUUUGGUCUCAUGAGAUGUUACUCUUAGGCGAAAUUGAUUCUCCACAAGGCAAGAAGGACCUUGCACUCAAGGCUAAAAGUGAGCACAAGUCAAAGAAGAAGAACAAAAGCAAGGCUUCUUCACCAAGCUCAAAUGAUAAUGAGGCUAGUGAAAAAUCAAGUGAUGUGGAUGGAGACAUUGAGCUAGCACUUCUCAUGAGGAAGACCACCAAGAUGAUGUCAAGGCUAAACAAGAAAGGGUACAAUUAUGAUCCCAAGAAGAACAAAUUUCGUACCCGGAGAAAUCAAGACAACUCCAAUAAGAUGUGCUACAAUUGUGGGAAGUACGGGCACCUCCCUUAUGAUUGCCCCGAACCAAUCAAGCCCAACAAAAACCAAGAAGAUGAGGGCAAUCAACACAAGUACUCAAGGAAGAGCCAUGAGAAGAAAGACAAAAGCAAGAAGAGGUCUUUCAAGAGAAAAGAGAAUAUUAAGGCAUUCCUUGGAGAAUGGGUCACCGAUGGAGAAACCUCAAGGGAUGACUCAAAUGAUGAUGAAUCCAAGAAGACGAUUGUGGAAAUUGCCAUGCAUGAUGAUGAUGAGCCACCUUUACCUCCACCACCAAUGUGCUUCAUGGCAAGAGAUAACAACAAGGUGAGCGAUGAUGAGGACUCCUCUAGUGAUGAAAAGAUGGCAGGAGAUAAGAAAGGAAAAGGCAAGGCAGUUGUUGAGGCGAAGAAGAAGAGAUCUCGCGAUGAACGCGAGUGGGACCAUGCACUUGCAGCUGCUGUAGCAGCAGAUCAGCCACAGCUCUCUGUUAGGAUCAGAGGCUCGGAAGCAGAGGCCGAGAGGCAGGGGGAGCCAGAGGACACACCAUAG